GUAAAAAUGCUUAGUUUAUUGUUUUCUUGCCCAAAAAAACUUCAAUUUUACACAGUACAAUACAUGAUUUGUUAGAGUGAAACUGAAAAUCAUUUUAAUUAAAAUGUGAUUUUAGCUUUAAUUGUAAGGUCGAAAGCUGUUGUUGAUUGAUGACACCGAAACUAUAUAAAAAUGAAGAGAAACAAAUUCGCUAUUAUGGUACUGAUGCUCAGCAUUGGCAGUGCGUUCGUGUCAGCUGUGAUUCUUUCAUCAGAGACGUUAAACGUGGAGCCAACUGUUUCCAACACUCAGGGGAAUGUCUUACAAAAGCAAAACAUUGCACAACAAAGUGAUAUUAUUGAUGAAAAUUUAAAUGAUUUCCAUAUAAAGACCGAAAGAACAUUUGUGAAUUCAGAAGAGAAAACUAAAAGUGAUAGCAAUGCAUACGAAGAAAUUAAGUUAGAUGAAAAACCAAAAAUGGAAACACAGCUUCCACAACCUAGUGAACUAGCAAGCAUAAAACGUGAACAAGAAACUUCCGGAGAACAUAAUUCCGAAGAAAACAAUGUGGUCUCAAACGUUCCGAUGACACCCACUGCAAUUUCUGUAGACGAUGCAUCCAAAGAUGUUUUAGUAGAAGCCUCAAUAGUAGGCGAUGGCGAAAAUCUUUUGGAAGCGGAUAAAAAUGAUUCAAGUAUUUUGCAACCGCAGACUACAGCUUCCACAAUAGUGGACUCUGAACAUGGUUCCGUUGCAGAUCAAAAUGAAUCAUUGCUUGAAACAAUUGAUGCUGAUGUUCCCAAAAUGGAAUACGAAAGCAAUAAUACUUCAAUAGAAAAAGAUCUGACGGAGGAGAAUCAAAUUCCAGUUUUUUCAGAAUGGGCUCAGAAACGUUUGGAGGAAGUUGAAAAAGAGGUUGAACAAGAAGCUGUUAAUACAUCUACAAUGAAAAAGAAUACAUCAGCAACUAACAAACAACCAAUACUUAAACUGAAAAACUCAAAAAAUUAUGCUUCGCCAGACUGCGGUGCUAAGAUUGUAGCGGCAAAUACGGAAUCAUCGGGCACAGGAUAUGUCUUAACUUCAACAAGAGACGAAUACUUACUAAGCCCAUGUAAAAGUCGCAUAUGGUUUAUAGUUGAAUUAUGUGAAGCAAUUCAGGCAGAACGAAUCGAUUUGGCUAAUUUUGAACUGUUUUCAUCGUCACCAAAAAACUUUUCAGUUGGUGUGAGCAGUCGAUUUCCAACACGUGACUGGUCGAAUGUGGGCAAGUUUAUCGCCAAAGAUGAACGAUACAUACAAUCGUUUGAUCUUCAUCCACACCUUUUUGGUAAAUAUGUAAGAGUUGACAUACACUCACAUUAUAAUUCGGAACACUUUUGUCCGAUCUCGUUAUUUCGCGUCUAUGGAACAUCUGAGUUUGAAGCAUUCGAAACAGAAAAUCGCCAGCAUCCUGUUAUUGAUGAUAUCGAUGAUGAUGACGACGUUGUACAAGAGUCAGACGUAAAUAAAAGUAAAACCAACAUAUUUAAAUCAGCCAGCGAUGCUGUAAUGUCACUUGUUGAUACUGUGAAGAAGGCCGCAUCAUUUGUUAAACCAAAUGGAAACAAAACCAUUGACAAUGGUUCGCAAAAUGUAUCGAAUCAAAAUAUAAUGAAUGACAAUUGCAUCUCACCGAAUCAUGUGAUCAAUUGCGAAAUAUGUUCACAUGAUAUGACAAACGAAAUUACUGCACUGGUUGAAUGCAAGCAGAAUUUAUUAAAGCGCCUUUUGAGCAUUAAUAUCAUUCGAGAUAGUAUAUACAAAUCAAGAAUUUGUAAUACAUUAAUCGGCUCGGACUUAAACAUUAACUGUAGUGAACCACCGGAUAUAAACAGCACGACUUCAAAACAAUUAACUGAUUUGCAAAUGGAUUAUAUCAUUAAUUUGUUCUCAUUGAAGUACAUUACAGCAAUGUGUAACUUACUAGCAGCGGCUGACAGGAAAAUUGCAUGGAAUUCAACGAUUCCAAUUAACGCUGACCCACCAAUUAAUGUUACAAUUGAUCAAAAGGCCCGUAGUCAAUUGUUGCCAAGAGAACAUCAAGUUAAACCGAAACCAACGCCUCAAAUUGUCCAAACAGAUCCAAUGCAAAGUGGCACAUCUCAAGAAAAUAAUGCCGAAAAUAAAUUGCAAAUGGAACAACGACCAGUUAUUACUUCUGAGAGUAUGGAACACAGCAACGAAAUUGAAUCGAAUGAAAAUCGUAAUAUGGAAAACAUUGAAAACGACGUAAUUGAAUUGACGACACCAUCUCCGGUCAUAGAAAGUAGCGAAGACGUUAAAGAUAGUAAAAACGGACAAAAUAUCUUCAAUGUGGCUGACACCAGCGAUGAGACGAAUACAGAAUCACAGAAUAUUUUAGUUGAAGUACCAAUAUCUACAGAAACUAUAACAGAACCAAGUACAACAAGUACUGAACAAGAAAUUACACCACCGAGUGUCAUGAUACUGCCAGAGACACCUACUACAACUCAAACACCUACUAUCGAUUUGAAUGAUGCAAGCGAAGAGCAAGUAAACAAUGGAUUCGGAAAUUCACAGCAGUUGGGUCAGAAAUUACACAGCGAAAGUGUAUUUUUGCGAUUAUCAAAUCGAGUAAAGGCUUUGGAGCUCAAUAUGUCAUUGUCGGGUCAAUAUUUGGAAGAAUUAAGUCGCCGGUAUAAGAAGCAAGUUGAAGAUCUGCAAGCUUCUUUUGCAAAAACUUUGGUGAACAUCGAGGAACAAAGUCGAAGAAAUUUGGAGCGAAAACAGGAGAUUUUCGAGCAAAAUGAGAAGUUACGCAACGAUUUGGAAAAUUUAACCGAACGAAUCUCGGUUCGAAAUAUUAUACUGUGUUGUGUAUGUUUUACUUGUGUUCAAAUACUAAUAUUCCACUUGAUUUUGAAAAUGUGGGGCCGUAAAUAUGGUUUGGAUAAAUAUAGAUCAUCAAAUACAUCAAGUUCAGAUAUAUCUCAUACUGAAACGUCAUCAAGAAAACGUAAAACAGGUAAUAUACCUAUGAAAUUCCGACGGAAGUCAGCAGAAGAGAAACGUUAUCGUAAUCCGUCGGAAUCGUCAACGACAACAUUACAACGUAGACCUAGCACCGAAGCACUCAACAUCACUGGCACAAAAACAUAUACCGAACUGCUCAUUAAUGACUUAGCCGCCACUCAACACUCUUCUCCAAAUUCUGAUCGUCCUUUGUUUCAUUCAAGAAAGGGAGAGAAAGAUAUUCAUUAUUUCAAUAACAUAAGCACCUCGAGCGAUGGUCAUGCGGCCGAUAUAAGCGGAUACGUGAAAAUUGAAGAUCUUAAAGAUAUGUACGAUAAACCAGAAGAAGAAUAUGAGUUCUAUGGGCCUGCACCCGAAUUGAAAAAGAACAGAUCAGAUUCACAGGCUGAUGAUUGCAUGAGUGAGACAACAAUCGAUUCAUCCGUUGAUAGCGUUACAUCGCAUCCAAAAAAAUCAAAAUCGAUUAGAUACAACCGAAGAAGACUAUCGUCACCAUCAUUUUUCAAAUCUCCAUUUUCAAGCGGGCCAACUGCUCAGUCUACAGGAUGGGAAUGGCAUCGUUCAAAGAAAUCGCAUAACUCUAGUCAAAUAAGUAAAAAAUCGAAAUCGGAGAGUCCGCCAUCGCUAAAACAAAAUGGAAUUAAUAACAACAACAAUAAUCCAACAGCAGUAAAAAUCAGUAGCAAGAAUAUAGAAAACCAAAAGAGCACGAGGAAUGAUCCAUCACAAUCAUCAGUCAGCUCAACAAUUGAUGAUCGCAAGAUCACAUCGGGUAGUUUUAAACGAAUUUUGAAAAAAAUAUUCUAGGCAAUUUUUAAGUGAAUUGCCCCUAGGAAUGUACCCAUUUAUCUACUAUUUAGAGACUGCAUUAGAAGUGUUAACUUAGUAACGUAAAAAAAAUUGUGAGCAAAAUAUUUUCUUUUGUUUUUAAAAAAAAGUUAGAUCUUUAACAAAUAUUAUCCGCUCAAAUUGGUAUAGCCGGAAUGAUAAGAAAACACCUUUUAAACGAGUCGGAAUACCUCCGACCAGUUAUAAAGACGUAAACAUUCGAUAAAAUUAUUGUUCCAAAAAUGAAAGCUAUUAUAAUUAUAAAAACACUUAAUUUAUUGAUAUAGGUCCUAAGCAAUGUAAAAAUGUUUUUAUUAAAAUUAUAGAAG